UUGGCUUUUAUUGUCUUUCCACACAUAUACAGUACAGUACACAGUGAAACAAAACUAUAGAGUUCCCCAGGACCGAGGUGCUACAUAAGACAACAUAAAUAAACAAGAAAGUAACAAAAAACACAGACCUACACAAAAACUAACCAGACACAUUGUGCAACAUUUAGUGCAAAAAGAACAUAAAACAAUAGACACAGGGUGUGUUUGUCCAUAUACUAAAUGUUAAAACUACAUUUGUUUUAGAAGCAAUUUGUGCAAAAAGAGCACAUGACUAUAAUUACUGUGACUGCAGUAUAUACAGUAUAUGUUCUUCCAUCCCUGCUGUAGUUGAUUAGAGUUGAGCAGGAUCUUUGGCAUGGAUCCUCAAUCCAACACAGGGAAUAGACAUUACAACUCGUUUUACUGAUUCGAUUCGCAGCUUAAAUGAGUCACAUGAACUUUUUGAUGGAUUUCAUUAACAGCAAUGAAAAUAACCACCUAUAGCUUGGGAUAAUCCCCUAUACAAUUAAAUACUACUAUGUAAAUAAAUGAAGGAUUGAGCUGAAAGCUAUAAUGAUAUUUUUUUUAUGUACAUUACAGCACAGUGAAAUGCUUUCUUUGAAUAUCCCAGUAGUGUCAGAAGUGUCAGCCAUGACACACCAGCCAAGGUCCCAAGGGCCUUGCUCAAGGGCCCCAAAGUGGUGUGUGGCUUUUAUAAAAAUAAAAAAAAAGACCAAUUGUGCCAACACUUGUUUCAGUCGCAAUUUUUAUGCAAAUAAAGCGCCCACUCAUUUCUGCAUUAAUAAUAAAUCAUAUAUGUAAAAUAUUUAUACAAUAUGCAAGUUAUACCUCGGGACAGUACACGCCCCCCACCCCAAGGACCCCCUCCGGACCACGAGGAAACACUGCCUUGCCUGAGACUGGUCCGUGGUAAGAAAAUGUUAUGAGGCACAGCUUUAAGGUGUGUAAUAAAUGUAAAAUGUAAUAGAAUCGAAUAGGGUCCAUUUUCAGCAAACGACUCAUUCAAUCCAAAAAAAGAGCCGACUCCCAAUCGAUUCGUCCAUCAGAGUAUAGGAGAAUAUACUAGGUUGAGGGAACGGGAGAGGGAGGGAGGAGGAACUGAAAGAGGGGGAAAAAAAGUUCAACUAAAAAUGGCUUCCUUGUCUUUGGAGUCUCCAGAACAAACUGAGAAUGGAAGCACCGAGGAGCCCGGGCAAUCCGAAGCCCGAGUCAAGAAAGAGAAGGACGCGGAAGAAGUUUCUGAUCGGCUGUUUGAGAGCUUCCCAAAGUCGGCGCUCGGCUUUUCCAGUGAGCAGGUCGCCUGCGUGUGUGAGGCUCUCCUGCAGGCGGGCAACGUGGAUCGCCUGUGGAGCUUCCUGGCUACCAUCCCUCCUUCGUCCGACGUGCUACGUGGCAACGAGACCCUGCUUAAGGCCCAGGCCCUGGUCGCUUUCCACCGCGAGGACUUUACUGAGUUGUACGCCAUCUUAGAGAGCCGCGACUUCCACCCGAGUAACCACGGGUUCCUGCAGGACCUCUACCUGAGAGCGCGCUACAAGGAGGCGGAGAGGUCGCGGGGUCGCAGCCUGGGCGCCGUGGACAAGUACCGGCUGCGCAAAAAGUUCCCCCUGCCGAAAACCAUCUGGGACGGCGAGGAGACGGUGUACUGCUUCAAGGAAAAGUCGCGCAACGCCCUCAAAGAGUGUUACAAAGUGAACCGGUACCCGACUCCAGACGAGAAGAAAAACCUGGCCAAACUUACUGGACUUUCUUUGACCCAAGUCAGCAACUGGUUCAAGAACCGGCGACAGAGAGACAGAACUCCAUCCGGUACCAACAGCAAGAGUGAAUCUGAUGGAAACCACAGCACUGAAGAUGAGGCUAGUAAGGCUGAUCUGGAGGACAUAACUGACAAACCUGCUGCUCAAGAGGCUGGAGGCUCAUCUGCUUCACUUAUAUCCCUCUCUGGUACCUCCUGUAAUACUGGAGGUCAGCUCAUUCUCAAUAACACAGGGGGAUUCCUUACUAGUCCUCAUCCCCUGUUGCUCAAUGGGAGCCCAUUACUAUCGGGGACUGGAACUGGUGUCAUCAUUAAUGGACUGACUCUAAGCGAUGGACAUGCGGUCACCCUCAGUCCUGUAACUAAUAACACUCCACUUUUACUUAACGGAGCCCAGGUUAUAUCGAAGAAUAGUGGGAACAACAGUGUCUCAGAUGAAAACUGCAGUAGCAAAGUGGAAACGCAAGCCAGCCUAACUAGCACAGUCCCUGUCUCGUUGACAGAUGAAACGAAAGCGACCAACCAUAACGUCUCUUCGUUGGACUUCGUUACUCUUCAAGGAGCUAUGAAGGCUCAAGAUAGCACCCAGCUGGUGUUUCCAACCUCUAUACCCACUUCUACAAUCUCAUCCACGUUGAUGACUCACACCUCCCUUCCUUCAUUAGCAUUGACUCAAAAUGGCAUUCACACUACAUCUGGUGCGGUUAUUACCAACUCAGCAAUGCCACUACAAUCCACCCAGCAGCCUGAGCUUGUAGUAGUAGCAACAGCUGGUUCUCAAAUAAAUGCUACACCUUCUGUUUCACAAAUAGGAUCUUCAUCCUCUAUUUCUAGCCCUCAGGUUCUUUCUUUGCCACAGGUGGUACCAUCCAUCCAGGGUAUUCCAGUAUCUCAAUUAGUACAGCAUCAAGCAGGGACUCCAGUGUCCUGCCCUCAGUUGGUUCCAGUGUCCCCCAUUACCACUCAACUAUCGCAGAGUUUUACCCCUCAGUUUACAACCAGCAAUCUACAAUUUGGGCCCAGGCUAACACAAACUCAACCUCACAGUGUAUCCUCUGCACUUGUGGAGAACGCUGGUUUAUCUGUCUCUCGGGUGCCUAAUGGACAGGCUCCACAAGGGUUGACACUGCAGUUAACAAACCAGUCCAAUUCAGCCGCCACCCCGCAGACACAGACCGCACUGGUUACACAAGGCAUUCCCAUCUCAUCACCGACACAAGUAGUUCCUGUUUCGCAGUCCAAGGACACCGGACAGCCCCAGCUAGUACCUUUGCCUCAACUUAUGCCUGUGUCCCCAAUUGCUGGAGCACCUACAGGGACCAUAUCCUUUCCUCAGGUAGUCCCAGCAGCACCCUCAUACUCCAUCCCAACUCCGGGAGGUGCUUUUCAAAUUUUAGCAUCUAGCUCUGGAGCAGUUGCUGCUGUGCCCCAGGGAGCUAUAUGUAUAAGUCCCAUAGGACCUCCUCAGAGUGUGCCUACAGCUGGAGCUAUUCCAGGGGUCCAGCUCCUUAAUUCAGGAGUGAUUCAACUUCCCUCUGCUUCUCCAGGUAACUUCCUCUUGGCAGGUGGUAGUCCAUUCCUGAGUGUUCAGAAUGGCAAACUUAUCCUCACCAUCCCAGCUGGUUUCCAGUUCACCAGCAUGCCUGUCAAAUCCAUUCCAGAAAAUCCAGGCCAAAGUGCUAGCAGCGGCAGUGGAAUGGAACAAGCUUUGACAGGAACGUCACUGCAAAAUCCACCAGUUUCUUUAUCUUCUGCUCAGACCUCUCGUCCCUUUCAAUCUUCUCCAUUAAUUGGCUCAUCUGCACUAUACUGUAGUCCUGAGCCUGGAGCCUUGGGUAACCCUACUCCAGGAGCCUCUCCAAACACCUCAGACUCUCCGACUCCAACACUGACUAGUGUUCUGCCAUCCCAGCAGACCCUCAGCCCUGAAAGCAUGCUGUCAUUCAGUCCUCUCAGCAGCAGUGUAUCCAGUGGCCCCCAUCUCAUUCAACCUGCUUGGAGUCCGGUGCCUCUUUCAUCUUCAUCUGGACUCACACUAUUUGAUGUACGUGGUAAAAAUGAUCUACCUGAGGACCCAGCUUUAUUGAGCUUACCAGGUGGGGAGUCCUUGCUAUUGGGUACCCCUCCUCCGAGCGAUGAUGUACACCGAGAAUCUCACCUGGACGAUGAGGAGAUGGAUGGAGACUCAAAGAUUCUUACCCAACUGCAGUCUGUACCUGUGGAUGAUGAUUUGGGUUUGUAAUUGAUCUUUGCAACCUUCGGGAAGCCUUCAGACAAUCCUGACGCUCAGCCCACAGCAAUCUCUAUUUUCUAUGGGUCGAUGUAGAAUCACGGAAGACGCUGGGUUCCUGAUUUGUUUAUUUCUAAAGUGAAGUAAAAUGGAAAAAAAAACUGCUGAUCAUUUCUCUUCACAGUAAACAGUUCUAGGCUGUCAAGGUUUUACUUCGUAAAAAAGGACAUGGGGAUUAAAAACAUUUUCAGAGUUGCAUAGAACAUGACAUUUUGGGCAUUUUUUUUUUAUUAUAGCUUGAAUUCACCAUGCAAUCUGUUUAAAACUAGUUUAUGAGACUCAUAUGCAUCAAAUACUCUAAAUACAUCAAUGCAGCAAAAAACUGUUGGAUGCUAGAUUCAAACCUACACCAAGUAUAACAAAUGUAGCAAAUAAGCAGAAGCCUUAAUAAGACAGUUUCAGUAUAUAGUACAUGUUUAGCCAUUUCUCCUAUUGGAUUUUACAGCACAUUUAAUUGGGUAUUGUAAUUUAAAGGGGUAUUAAAAAAAAAAAGAACGGCUUGUCAUGUUGUUUUGCUAGUAACAUACCGUCACACUUAAGGGUUCAAUCUCAUAAAGCAGGAUUGUGUUGGUUAGUUAGCCGUCUUUAAAUGUAGUCUGAUCUUAUUAUUACUCCUAAUACUAACAUUACAAGUUUUUGACUGAUAUUCGUCUAAACAUUGAUACAUAUUACCUGUAGUAGGCUAUUAAACCAUCACUGUGAAAAUGGUUUUAACAUUCCUUUUCAGUUGUUUUAGGAGCAUCGAAUCACUUUGUACUCCAAGCACAUUUAGAGAUUUGACAAAGUCUCUUUGGAUUGAAAUUAGGAUUAACCUUAUUACGUUUUGUAGCAGAUAAAUAGAUUUCCACAGAAAUCUCUUUUACCGUGUGAUGUAGCAGAUUCUGUGCACAGAUGCAGCACAACGGGUUUCUCAUCUAUUGAAAUGCCAUUCAUGAUCUCAGCUUGCGAAGUUAAUUGCAUAGUGAUCUUCUAUAUUUGACCCAAUCUGCCCAUAAAAGGGCCUUUAUUUUAAAAGAAUGUGUGCAUUGAUGACACAAUUAUCAUUAUUAAUUUUUUUAUUAAAUCAUGGGUACAUUAGAGAAUCAUUAGAGGAUAAUCCAUGGUAUAAUCUGAUACACAGAUUAGACAUCUGAUAUCACACGGUGAAAAACAGGCUUUAAUAUCGAACCCAGCUUAUAUUAAGCCUUCUUUAUGAGCCAGACACUAGGAUAUAGGAAUGUGAUUAUACAUCAAACGUCGACAUUUUAACGAGCAUGUCGGUUUUAUUCUUUUCACAUUUAAUGACCGCGUAAAAGACUAUGCUUUCAACUUUUAGUUGGCUUGCUGAAAAUGGUUCGCAAAACUACGCCUGUUUUUUUUAGGCAGAAAACCCGUUGCCUUUGUGUGGGAUAUUGAAGUGAAGUUAGCCGUAAUGAAAAGAGUAGCAUUUUUUUAAACAGUAAAAAUCUGCAAAAAACUAUUGUCAGGUAUUUUAUGUUUUAUUGUGCAAUCUCAUCUUGUUUAGCAGUGUAAUCUUCUGCAGUCUGUAUAUACAUUUUAUGCAUUCGUGUACACUCAAUGACUGAACUAGUUUUCCGCACGUUUUAAUCUUUUUAAUUUAUGCACUAUGUCGUGACCCAACAAAAAGUUGCCUGUUACUUUUUAGAAUUAAUUUUGGAUAUAACAAACACUCCUGUCCAUCACUACAGCGUAGCACAUGCUAAUAAGGUACUGUUAGCCAAGUUAUUUGGAAGAAAAAGGGCUUAUUGUUAAGGUUCCUUUGUUUUUUUUUUAUAUCUAUGCAAUGACUAAGUUGAAUUUUUGCAAAAUGUAAAUUGGUGCUGCCAAGUUGGCAUUCAUGUUUGUAGGAUGACUCCAGUUACUAUACAGUUAAAACUAAAUCUUAUAGAUCUGACAUUGUCAAAUGUGACUCUGUUUUCACACUACAUGUUCACCAAUUAUGUGCAACUAAAAUGUUUGGUUUUUUUUAUGUUGAGAAUUUUGUAGGAUUUCUUUCAAGAUGCAUAUUUUCUUUUUUUCUUUCAGGUCAUAAUUGUGUGCUUAUAAUUCUGGUCGAAGCUAGACUCAAAUGUCUAUUUUGAAGUUGUAUGUUAUCGUCAGCAAAUUUUCAAUGCUCUGCUAGAACUGUUUCAUAAAUAGGUUUAUUUCUAUAGCAUACGUGUAUGGAAUUGUCUGACUCAAUUAUAGAAAACGUCAUUAAACCAUUCCUGUAAAUGAAAUUGGAAAUCACAAAUUAUGGUGCUGAUCUACAGUAGGCCAACAUGUCCAAAUAUUUUGCACAUUUUAACCAUCAACUCUUAUUAACUCUUCUUUUGGUAAUAUCAUUGGACCUACUGAAGACAUCAAGACAUUUUCUCCACAGUUGAGCUAUAAAUGAGGAACAAUGUGACACUACCGCAGACUUUAUGUACUGUUAUGUCGCAAAAGACAUCUGAAAUGUGCCUUUUUUUAAUGUCCUGUAUCUUUUACUUUCUGUGUAUAUUUAAAGAAUUAGCAGGGGUGGACAAAUCAUUAGUCUGGGUGCCUGAAAAAAACAGGUUCAGAGUUCAGUUGGGUGUUAAAAUGCAUUUUAAUAUGCUAUAUAUCCAGAAUCAUUAAUACAAAAGGAAAAACUGUUAAACUAGAGGUUGACCGAUAGUGGAUUUGAUCGAUACCGAUAGCUAGGUUGGAUUGUACUUAAAACUGUACUUCAUACUUGAUCCAUAAAAAAAAAACACCAUGUACUAAACCAUGAAAAUGUGCUAAAUUGAAUGAAUAUGAAUAUAUUAAUUAAUAAAUCAAAUUGUCAUUAUAAUCAUUUAUAUAACAAAUCUCCAUGCAGCACGCAGUCUCGCGUGUAUAAACAAAAAGCACGCUGUGUCAGUGAGCCGCCUUUAGAGGCCGCUCACGUAAUGACUGGACAUUUUCAGCCGCUCCAACACCAGAUGCAACCUGGAAAAACUAUCAGUAUGGAGUUUUACAAUCAACUAUCGGUGUUGAUUAAUUUGCAAAUCCGGUGAAUUGGUCGACCUCUAAUAUGAACUGUAUGCCAUCUAAACACACCAGUGCCUUGCAAUUAUAUUAUAGCAAGUGAAAAUCAGAUCAUCUUUUUGAAAGAACACCAGCACUUCUAGCCAAAAUCCUAAGGAUUUUAAGCAUUUUUUUAAAUAUAUUUAACUAGAUUAAAAAGGCAACUCACAUUAUAUGCUUUGUUACUUGAGAGGAAUUGCAGUAGUUCCCACAUUUUCAUGUAUAUAAAAUGAUUUCUUGGCAACCAAAAUGAUGAAACUGGGUAGCACACUGGUGCUUUCACUUAUGGGCCGAUUUGUCCACCCCUGAUUAAUUAAUUAUAAACCAGCAUUCUGAUAUUGGUGGAUCACCAGAAUUCAAUCAGAACUGCUCUGUUGUAUUUUCUAUAUACUUUCUGGAAAUAGCUGUAUUUUAGACGUGUAUACAAAAUAGGACAUGUAGCAUUUAUAUGCCAAAGGCUCGUAUUACUUAUUUCUUUUAUUUCUUCCAUGUGCCUGAACAAUGUGUUGUUUUCCCAAUAUGUAAAAAACAAAGGGAAUUUGUGUACGUUUGUUUGUGCGUGUGUGUGUGUGUGUGUGUGGUGUGUAUGUACGUGUGCAUUGGUGUGAAUGAGCAACAAAAAAAUGAACUUUCCUGUUGCUGUUAUUGAAUGUUGAAAUGUAUCGUGGCUGAUUUAAACAUAAUUGUUACAGUACAAUCAGAUGUACAAAGCCACAAUCAUCUCCAUCCUAAGGAAAACAUACAGCUUGAUCAAGCCAAAGAAUUUUCCAAUGUACUUCAAAAUUAAAGGGAUUUUUUUUCCUUUU